AUGUUUCACCUUCUCACGAGGUCGAGGUCCUUGCUCGGCCGACAAUCGUUCCCAUGGCGGCAAUGCUAUUCUCAUGCAACGACUAGGUCAUCAGAGCCUCUACGGAUUCUCUUCUGUGGCUCUGACGACUUCAGUUGUGCAUCAUUGAAGGCCGUAUAUGAGGAGCAUAGCCGGAAUAAGGACCUGAUUGAGUCCCUAGAUGUCAUGGUUCUGCCCCCAAAACGCAUGGGCAGAAGCUUCAAAACACUCAGAGAAGUCCCCUGCAAGAUACUAGCAGAGGAUUUGGGACUGAGGAUUCACCAGCGUGAAACAUUCACGAAAUGGGAGCUACCCGAGGCCACGAACCUCGUCAUCGCUGUUUCUUUUGGCUUGUUCGUUCCCCCUCGGAUAUUGAGAUCAGCCAAGUAUGGGGGCCUCAAUGUGCAUCCUUCUCUACUCCCAGACCUUCGGGGACCUGCACCAAUCCACCAUGCCAUAUUAAGAGGCUAUCGCAACACCGGAGUUUCUCUCCAGACACUUGACGACAAAGCCUUUGACCACGGCACCGUGCUAGCCCAGACUCCUCGCCCAGGCAUCCCAAUACCACCCGGCUGCACCGUCCAGGAGCUCACGAGCCUCCUCGCACCCGUCGGAGCCCAGAUGCUCGUGCAAGGUCUGCGGGAUGGCGUGCACGUGCCGCCUCAUCAGAGGGUAGACUGGAAGGCCGAGGAUCUUAGAGAUAGGAAGCUUGUUCACGCGCCAAAAGUCACAAAGGCUGAUGGGCAGAUCAACUGGGGCGACUGGACGGCCGACGAGUUUGUACGGAGGGUGCGAGUGCUCGGAUCGAUCUGGACGCAUGCCGUUAACAAAAAGGGCCAGACCAAGAGGCUAAUCUUCCAGGACGCUGAGGUGGCAUCUCUGAUGGAUCUCGCCGUCUACGGCUCGCGAAUGUCUCUCCAUCUGAAUCUUGAGCCGGGGCUGGAGGGCCACAAGUAUGAGGCUCUUGUAACGGACCAGCGUGACGGGAGCGCCAUCAUCCACAUCCCCAGCGGCGAGUUGGUCCGGGUAAGGAAGAUUAAAGAGGAGGGCAAGCCGGAGCGAGACGCGACGAUUGUGCUCAAGUCUUUCCAAUAG